CCGCCUUCAGCCCACGUGCUGUGCUACGGGAGCCGGGAAGAGGUCAAGGCGGAGGACGAGCAGUAGGAGGUUGUUGGUGAUGAACAUGGCAGCGGCAGCAGCGGCGGCCGCGGCAACAUCUCUCGGGAGGCUGGGGCUGCGCCGGGCCGCCUGGGGCACGGCGGCCCGCGGGCCCCGCUUCCUCGGUGCCGCCGCCUCCGAGGCAACGACGUCGGGCAGGCUGCAGGCGAGGGCCGUGUCCAACACCCCGCACAACAAGACGACCUCGCUGGUGGGGCAGGCGCUGACGCAGAGUCCCGGCGGCGGGCACGGGCACGGCGAGGACGGGAUCAAAGUGUACGAGAAGAACUGGGAGCACCAUGGCUUCAGCGACGACUCCGUGGCCGACUUGUGGAACAUGAGGCUCGCCUUCUUCUCCGGUCUCUCCGUCGCCAUCGUGCUGGGCGCCAUCUUCGUCCACUACCUCCCUGAACCUCGCGUGUGGUUCCGCCGCGAAGCGGAGCGCCUGGUGCGGGAGCGCGAGAGCGCCGGCCUGCCCAUCCUGACGCCGGACUACUACGACCGCGACUCCAUCGUGCUGCCCAGCGUGGAGGAGGAGGAGGAGUGGGUGCUCGCCCACAAGAGAGAGCAGUAGAGGCGGACGCGCACGCGCACGCAUGGACUCGCACGGGCACGCACAGACACGCACAAGCACGGACACGCACGCACACGCACGCACACACACGCACAGACACGCACACAUGCACAGACACGCAC